AUGGCACAGGGACAUAUGAAAAAGGUGAAGGCAUCAGCGCCGAAACUCACACAGCGCAAGCAAAGCGGAAGCCGAGUCAUUAAACCGAAGAAGGCCGCGUUGCAGAAACAGCAGCAGAUGAAGAAGAAGCAUACAGCGGGAUUAACGGCACUCACGGAGAAGUCACUUGCCAGCAAAGCCGGUCACCUGGAAAUGCUGCGGGGUGGCAAGAAGGACAGGCAGGCGGAGAAGGCGACCAUGAACCAAGUGAAGAAGCCGAAGUGA